AUCGUGGUUUCCGGUCCCUGGCUCUUUGCUCAGGCCCGAGCCAGGUCAGUGAAGAGUCUGUACUGGCAGAUCCUGUGCCUGGUCCCGGGCUUCGGAGGGUGGGCUCAGCCAGAGGUGGGCUCGAGUCCCGCACCUCCUGAGCAGCCACCCCAUGCCCGACGGGCGUGAGAGCGGGACCUGGCCGAAGGUGUGCCGGGGUUGGAGGAAGCGGCCUGCAUGCUCCGCAGGACCACCAACCCAUCGCCUGGAAGAGCCCACUCUCCCUGGAAGACAGACCAUCCUUGAAGAGAAUGACUGAGACAUUAUGGGCCACGCACUGUGUGUCUGCUCCCGGGGAACUGUCAUCAUUGACAAUAAGCGUUACCUCUUCAUCCAGAAAUUGGGGGAGGGUGGGUUCAGCUAUGUGGACCUAGUGGAGGGGUUACAUGAUGGACACUUCUACGCCCUGAAGCGAAUCCUGUGUCAUGAGCAGCAGGACCAGGAAGAGGCCCAGCGAGAGGCGGACAUGCAUCGCCUCUUCCAGCACCCCAACAUCCUCCGCCUCGUGGCUUACUGUCUGAAAGAACGAGGUGCUAAGCAUGAAGCCUGGCUGCUGCUACCCUUCUUCAAGAGAGGUACACUGUGGAAUGAGAUAGAAAGGCUGAAGGACCAAGGGAACUUCCUGACUGAGGACCAAAUCCUUGUGUUGUUGCUGGGUAUCUGCAGAGGCCUUGAGGCCAUUCAUGCCAAAGGCUAUGCACACAGGGACCUGAAGCCCACCAAUAUUUUGCUUGGUGACGAGGGGCAGCCAGUUUUAAUGGACUUGGGUUCUAUGAAUCAAGCAUGCAUCCAGGUGGAGGGCUCACGCCAGGCCUUAACUCUACAGGACUGGGCGGCCCAGCGGUGCACCAUCUCCUACCGGGCACCUGAGCUUUUUUCUGUGCAGAGCCACUGUGUCAUCGAUGAGCGGACUGAUGUCUGGUCUCUAGGCUGUGUGCUUUAUGCCAUGAUGUUUGGGGAAGGCCCUUAUGAUAUGGUGUUCCAGAAGGGUGACAGUGUGGCCCUUGCUGUGCAGAAUGAACUCAGCAUCCCACAAAGCCCCAGGCAUUCUUCAGCAUUGCGACAGCUUUUGGCCUCUAUGAUGACUGUGGACCCCCAGCAGCGCCCUCACAUUCCUGUCCUCCUCAGUCAGUUGGAGGCAUUGCAGCCACCGGCUCCUGGCCAGCAUACCACCCAAAUCUGAUGAACUGGGCUUGUUGGGAAGACAACCUUGAAGGCUUCAUCUCACUGGAACUCCUUCCAUUCUACCCAGGAUGGCUUUUAUAGCUACGGACGAGGAUGGUGGGUCCUUGUGUAUUCUGCUCUCCGAUCCCAAUACCUGGGCAGGGAGCCUAGGGUGAGUCAGGGGAAACUGAAACAAAAUAGGGCUCAAAGCUGGACUGCUGGGCACACAUCAUGUUCUGCCUCCAAGUCUGGGGGCAGGAGAAUACAUAACAGAAUAAAGUGAAAAGACUGUG